CCGCCCGCCCCGGCUGCCUCCGCUCGACGGCCGGAAGUCGGGCAGGCCGCGCCGGAAGCGGCUGUUGCUAGGAGACGGUGCGACGCGGCCUGCCCAGCCCAGCGCCAUGCCGAGCAAGGGGCGCAAGGGGCCCGCAACGCCAGGCCUGAGCGAGGAGGAGCGGCUCCUGCUCAUGCAGCAGAAGCUGCUGGUGGCCGAGGAGCAGAGCAAGAAGAAGGAGGACGUGCUGAGGCAGUUUCUCAAGGACAAGCUGGCCAAGGAGGAGCACAACAGCACCAUCAACGCCAACAGGGUCAACAUGCAGUGGCGCCAGCUGCUGCGGGAGGCCAAGGCCAAGGAGCUGCGCAGGGACAUUGAGAUCCUGAGCCAGACCUUUGAGCGUGUGGUGGACUGCAAGGACCACGUCAUCCAGGUGCUGGCCAAGGACCUCUCAGAAGCCGAGGCACAGCACGCCCACGCUCUGCGCAGCCACCUGCACAACAUCGACCAGCUGCUGCAGGUGCAGCGCUGCCGCCUGCGGUACCUGGAGGAGGAUUACAACACCGAGCUGGAGGCCCUCAAGAAGGAGUUUGAGACAGAGAGGAGGAUGAUCGUGGAGCAGCACGCACAGGAGAGCCGCUACCUGGAGGACGUGAUGCUGGCCAUGGAGCAGAACGUUGGGGAGAGUGACUACGAGGCCAGGCUGGAGUUCCAGAGCACCAGGGACGACAUCAAGAACAAGAACCUGGAGGAGAAGCACUACCUGCGCGUGCAGCUGGAGGGCACUGUGGAGGAGCUGUGGCGGCGCUUCCAGCAGGAGCUGAAGAGCUACACAGAGGCCACUGAGGACCGGAAGGUUGCCUUCACUGCGCUCAAGCAGAAGGAUGAGAAAAGCUCUCAGGAGAUUGAGACGCAGAUGAGGAAGCUGCAGAAAAUUCAGGACUCCAUCUCUGUCCUGAAGGGCCGGCUGGCGGCACACCUGCGGGACAGUGAGGAGCGGAACCGACGCCUGCGCGAAGAGAAGGAGGUCGUGCUCAAGCAGCUGCAGAAGCUCAAGAGCCAGAUGAGCCAGGCCAGGGCCCAGGCCCGCAGCAAUCUGGCCAAGCUCACGCUGGACAGCAGUGCCGCGCUCAAGGAGCUGAAUCGUGUGGAGAAGAAGGCUGCACGCAUCCUGCGACUGGCUGAGAUGUGCCGCAAGCUGGAGACGGAAGAAGAGAAGGUGCUGCCCUUCUACACCUCCCUGCUGAGUGCAACAGAGCAGCAGGAGGCACAGCAGGUCCUCUGGGAGAAGCCCACCGAGCCACUGGCCCAGGCGAUGCAGGACUAUGCCGGGUUGGAGCGCUUCUGGCAGCGCUACAACAAGGUGCGGCUGGAGCAGCUGGCGCUGGAGCAGGAGCGGGCGGCGCUGGACCAGGACAACGAGCGGCUGCGCCUGCUGCUCCGGCAGUACCUGACUGGUGUUUCGGUCAGCGAGGAGGCACUGAGCCAGCCAAACACACUGCUCAUCCUCAACCAUUGGAGCAGCAGGGGCAGCGCACUCCCCGCCCCUGCCCCUGCCCCACGGCCCCCACCCUGCAUCAUCGAGGCUGCCCACAUUGCGUCGCACCUCCUGUGAGCCACCCGUCACCUAUGCAUGCCAGGGCUUGCAGAGCCAGUGCCACAAGCCAAGGGUAGGGCCCUGGGGAUGCUCUUGCACUCACCUGUGGAACCCAAGAAGCUGCCAUUAAAAGGUUACACUAAC